AUGAACUCGUUGACUUCCAUUCCCCGUUAUCUACAGGUCAACUGUACCGAAGGGGCCGAAAGGGUUCGGCCAAACCUGGCCACAACCUCCUAUAUGCGACUCUUUAAAUUAGCCAAAGUGCAGAGCCAAUCCCAAGAGUUUUAUCCCGAAUAUCAAUACGGAGUUUCUCCGUUUACGCAGCAGAUCACAAGCCGAAAGUCGGUAUUCUCCCGGGUGGAGACCCCGCACAAUGCGGAGGAGAGCCCUCGGGGUAUCGUUCAGCGAGAAAGGCGGUUAUUAUGCCAGCAGGAGCCCUCCUUUUUGUUUUUUUCUUCAGUCUCCCCCCUACCCUGUCUUGCAGUCUAA